AUGUCAGGUUCUGAUGAGAGGGCGAAUGAUGGAAUAUCAAAUAAAAUCAACGGUUCUUCAUACAAUAGGGGUAGUAUUGGCGCGACUCUAUCUUCACUCUGUUCAACUCCACCCCCUCCCCCCUAUCAAAAAUGUCGCCGAUUUCCCGCUAGAUUGCGCACAUUGGGGCCAUUCUCGCAGAAAGAACGACAAAACGCGUCCAAAAUCCACUGCGUAACUACCUUCUUUUUGGGCGCUCUGGCUAUAAUACGGCGGUAUGAGCGUAUGUACCACCAUAACAACGCCACCCUGCCUCUGUCCCCAUGCAACAUUCCGAUCAUACUGAUUUUUCACCUCCACCCCAUGCAUGCUCCAACGCCCAUCCAGUGCAGCAGAUAUGCCACGGACGUCCUCGGUGAGGAUCUAACUGUCGAUCAUACCCGUAUACGAUCGGCUCUGCUGCAAUGUGGCUGUGGAAGAGCCCAAGCGCACUGGGACUGCAGCCAUCCAAGGGAAGCAAGCCGUUCGCGGAUAUAUCGACAGGGCCCAGAUUCCCCGUAUUUCUUAUGGACGCUGCGGUUCCUAGUCUCCACCACUCAGUCAUUGAUUGGUUGGGCCCUUGUUGUUGCACUGGCACCAACCAACUUAGUCCAAAAGGGGGCCCCGUUAAAUUCUGCUGCCUUGAAGCCCGCAUGCCACUACUCCCACCUCCCCGCUCCCAACCAAGGUGACCCAACUAUCCACUCCUCUUUCUCUGGUUUGUUCCUAGUAUCCACAGGGGCAGGAAAAAACAAGAAAACCUGA